AUGGCUAAAGUACCUAAGCGGAAUUUUCCUCCAGGACCAAGAACAUUGCCAGUUAUUGGAAAUCUGCAUAUUCUCAAUCUGAAGAGGCCAUAUCAAACCAUGCUGGAGCUCUCCCAGAAAUAUGGUUCCAUUUACAGCAUUCAAAUGGGGCCAAGGACAGCAGUGGUGCUCUCUGGCUAUGACACAGUGAAAGAUGCCCUGGUUAAUUAUGGUGAUCAAUUUGGGGAACGAUCUCACGUGCCUAUCUUUGAAAAACUUUUUGAAGGGAAAGGAAUUACUUUCUCUCAUGGUGAAACGUGGAAAAGUAUGAGAAGAUUCAGCUUGACUACUUUAAGAAAUUUUGGGAUGGGCAAGAGAAUCAUAGAAGACAAAAUUAUAGAGGAAUGUCAGCAUCUCAUACAAAACUUCAAGUCACAGAGAGGAAAGCCUUUUGAGAUCAAAACAGUGAUGAAUGCUUCUGUUGCUAACAUCAUUGUGUCCGUAUUGCUUGGGAAACGGUUUGACUAUCAAGACCCUCAGUUCCUGAGACUCUUAACCUUGAUCGGUGAAAAUGUGAGACUCAUUGGAGGUCCUGGAAUUACGCUUUUCAAUAUGUUUCCAGUUUUGGGAUUCCUCCUCCAAAGUCAUAAGACUGUACUCCGGAAUAUAGAUGAAUUGUUUUCUUUCAUAAGAAUGACUUUCCUAGAUCACCGUCAUAAACUUAACAAAAGUGAUCCAAGAAGUCUCAUUGAUGUUUUCUUGCUAAGACAGCAGGAGGAGAAGGAUAAGUCUACUGAGUAUUUCAGUGAUGAGAAUCUGGUAGCACUUGUGAGUAAUCUGUUUGCGGCAGGUACAGAGACCACAGCCUCCACACUUCGCUGGGGAAUUCUGCUUAUGAUGCGGUAUCCUGAGGUCCAGAAAAAAGUGUAUGAUGAGAUCACUAAAGUCGUUGGAUCAGCCCAGCCUCAAAUUGCACACCGCACUCAAAUGCCAUACACAGAUGCAGUUAUCCAUGAAAUACAGAGAUUUGCUAACAUCCUGCCUGCAGGCUUACCCCAUGCAACUACCACAAAUAUCACCUUUAAAAAUUACUUUAUUCCAAAGGGCACUGAGGUCAUCGUUUUACUAACUUCAGUACUUCGGGAUCGCACACAGUGGGAGAAACCAGACACAUUUAAUCCUGAGCAUUUCCUCAACUCUAAUGGAAAGUUUAUCAAGAAAGAUGCUUUCAUACCCUUUUCAGUGGGUCGGCGGAUGUGUGCUGGUGAGUCAUUGGCCAAGAUGGAGCUUUUCCUUUUCUUUACCAGUCUCAUGCAGAAUUUCACCUUUCAACCACCGCCUGGAGUCUCCCAUUUGGACCUGGACCUAACCCCUGACAUUGGCUUCACCACUCGACCAAUGCCUCACAAGAUAUGUGCUCUACCCCGUGCCUAG